AUGCCAAAAAAAGAAUUACAUCCGAGCAGCGAGGAGCGGCUGCGGCUCUGCUUGCGGAUGGGCCUCUCCAUCGUCCCGCUCCCAAAGCGAAUCAAGAGCCGGAAGCACGCGAGGAAGGUGACGAGCGAGUACCACCGCAUCACCGAGCGGCUUCACCACACCACGUCGAGCGACGAGCGCGCCAAGUGUGCUGCGGAGCUGCAGGCGAUCGGCGGCGUGGACGCAUACCAACAGGCAUCCCAGUUCAACACCGCCCUGCACUCCACCAGCCGCUGGGUCGCGCGGCGGCUUCGCGCCCACGGCGUCCUCGCCGCCGGCAAGCCGCCGCCUCACGUGCUCGAGAUUGGCGCAAUCAACACGCAGCUGCUCGACACGCCGGGGCUGCACGUCCGUGCGCUCGACCUCAACUCGCAGGAUGCGCGCAUCGAGCAGCGCGACUUCCUGACGCUGCCUCUCGGCGGUGCAUUGGAGGCAAGCGGCGCCUCGCGGCCGUACGACGCACUCGUGCUCAACUGCGUGCCGGACGCGCGGCGCCGCUUCGACAUGCUCGUGUGCAUGCGGGGCCAGCUGCGGCGCGCGCGGCACGAGCGGCGGAGCGGGCACGGCUCCCAGCCGCCGCGCCGAAAGUCGCGCGGUGCCGCCUUCGACGUCUACUUGGGAGGCGCCCUCGGCUUCGGAGAGCGGAUUGCCUGGCGGUGGCGGCCGGGGCAGGGCGGCUGGCUCUUUGCGCCCGAGGCGGACGCCCUCGCCUCGCCCGAGCCGGCUUGGCGGUGGACGACCGCUGGGUGGGAGCACGAUUGGCUUCCGACCAGCUUCAAGCCGGGGACCGCCUCCUCGAGCGGCGGGCCGGGCGAGGCGUUCUCCAUGGCCACCGCCCUCCGGGGGGAGUGCGAGCCACCUGAGCCGGCUCUCAAGCGGGCGGCGAGGCGGAAGCUUCAAGGCCGGGGCGCUUCAAGGCUGGCCUUGGCUCCGCUCGCGCCGCAGCGGCCGGGGCGCUUCAAGGCCGGCCGGCAAGCAGCACUGCUCGGCCGGCGGACGGGCCUCGGCCGCACCUCGCGGCUGGGCCGCCUCCCGAGCUGCCUGAGGUGCUGGUGGCUACCCUAA